UCUGAUACUCGCUAGGUUUGCCGAACCAACUAUCCUCCGGGAACCCCUAAAGAGAAAAAAGCCUCAAAAAACCUUCUUCCCCAAGAAACCUCUUUCCUCUUCCAAUUUGAAUUUCCAAAAAAUAAAAUAAAUAAUAAAUCAAAAUGGUGUUUAAUUCAUCCAAAACCAGAUCCAGCGGACCGGUGCUACGCUCUGUAUCACCGUCCGGUCGUUUCUACGGCGGCGUAUCGUCUCCUUCCUCAUCAGGUUUCGCUUCCUCCACAAGCUCGAGCUUCUCGUCUACAUCCUUUUUCAGCAACAACCGUCAACAGCAUCAUCCCCCACACAGAUCCGCGUCUCCCACCCGCGUGAAUCUCUUCACCUCAACGCCGUUGAACCAGUCGUUCCGUUACUCGAUCGAUAACAGAUCCGUUUCCCCGAACCAAUCCGUCGCCGUUUCGAAGCCGAGCGGCAAUAAGAUCCCCGAUUCGAGGAGGAGGUGUAUGUGUUCGCCGACGACUCAUCCCGGAUCCUUCCGGUGCAGUUUGCAUAAGAACGUGGCGAAUCCGCACGGUCAGGGCGCGGCGACGUAUUCGACUAACGGAUUGAAUAUGCGUAGAUCGGCGAUGACGAAUUCGCUGGUGAGGAUCGGUGGGGUUGAAGGUGAGUGGGUGAGAAGAGCCUUGACGACGCUGAUAAGGCCUUCGUCGCAUCAGCUGAAGAGGCGAUCUGCUUAUCAGCCGAGGCCUAGCAGGCUAUCGUCUAUGUCGAAGGCGGAUGAUGUUUGAAUCUGGUUAUCAGGUUUGUUCUUGUUUCUGAAUCAGCCACAGGGAUAGAUCCGGCGAAGAAGUCUGGAUCUGGAGCGACCUGGAUCUGCGCGGAUGGGCCGAGUCAUAUUGGGCCGAGUCAAAUCGGAGGGAGAUAUGUAAAAACGGAGACUGAAACGACACCGUCUUAUAAGACUUGUUAUGUUGGGUGAAGAUGAGAUUGUACCUUAGUAACUCAUAUGAUAACGAAGAAAGCAGAUAAUGUUUCCCUAAGCAGAAAAUAUCUUAGAACAAAUUAAAGAAAAAAAUCGAAUUGCGUUAUUAAAUUCUGGAUAUGAAACAAGGGACUGUCAAAUAUUCUGGAUCCCGUUUGAGUUUUGCGCCGUUAUCUGUUCCGUCAACGUUCUCUACUGCCGUAGACCCGUUCCGUUUGCCGUUAACCGUCGUCGUGUGGCUCGUUAUGUGUUCUGUUAUGAUUCCCAGGUAUGUGUUGUUCGUCGUGUGUGAGGUACGUAUCGUUUAUUCUUUUUUUCAUUUGGUUAAUUCCGUUUUUUCUUUCCUUGUGAACGGUUGAUCUGUUUUUUAUUGUGUUAACGUGUUUUUCAGGGUUCGUACGAAGGGGGAGAAAGAACAUGACUUAAGGCUAACCGUUACAUUCAACUUUGGUUUUUGUGGACUUUGAACAUAGAAGAAACUGGACUGUAAGGAAAAAUCAACAUUUUGACCUUGGUACAUUUAUGUGGGACAAUAAGAAGUGCGAAAGAACAAAGAAAAGUAGUAUCGAAUUUUGUGAAUCAUAGACCUACGUUUUCGAAAGGAGAUUCUUGAAACCAUUAAGGCGGGUUAACAUGGCACUAGAAAAACUAUUCGAAGAAAUCAAAGUACAAACCUGAAAUUCAUAUA